UCCUGAAAAUGCAUUCCGUAUUCCACCACCACCAAAUGGUCCAGCUCCUGGUGAACCUUUACAGGGAGGCCAUCAUAUGACAAUGCAACAUAGAACAAAUCCACGUAAACGACAAAAUCGUUUUAAAUAUAUCUUUUAA